CAUGAGUGUCUAUUUCAACCGUAGAAUGCCAUAAAAGAGGUGUGUCCAUCAACUGCAGAUGGACCGUAUUAUAUCAUGACCCCGGAGAGGGUGGUGGGAGACAGGAACAUCUUCUGGAGGGUGGAGGAGGAGAGGGGUAGAGGGGGCGUGGUCACCCACUACAUCAGACUCGCCACCAGCCCCCAACAUGCCUCCACUUUCUUCAUUCGACCUGACUGCAGGAAAAUGGGAAAGUACUUCUUCAUAACCACGUACGACACCAACGGAUCGAAAUGCACAGAAGAUCAACGACGGCAAUCUCGGUGCAGCGAGCAGCCAGUACCUCACGAGCCAGCCACUGCUCUAGAAUAUGAGACCGACGGAGGUAUGUUGUCUUCGCCUGUCAGCCCGCCCGGAGACGCCAACGAAUUUCCACACAUAGUGACGAGUCGCGGUGGUAACUAUGGAAACCGUCGCCAUGGAGACGGUGGCCCCGGCAUGAUGCAUCACCUUGGCGACAGUACGAAGGGAAUUUCUUCGAAUGUGGAGCGCUACGUCCACGUGAGCCGUAAAACCAUAUUCAAACACCUCCCGACGAGCACGAGGAUAAAAAUAAAAGCCAAAGCAGCUGUUCGGCCGCAGUUUGCGCGAUUCCAACUCGUAGACUGCCGGGAUCGCAGGGAUAAGACGCUCCUCGAAUCUGAUUGGCUGCCUGAUGAGCGGGAAUGGUCGGGGCAACCGUUUUUUCUGAGGCCUCACUACCACGUGACAAACUGUCUCGCAGCUAGUUGGAUUGGU